AGUGCGAUUCACUAACUUUUAACAACGCUACUUGCCGAGUUGUAAACUAACAAUUUUUGUUGUUUGCAGUAACGAUUGUACGAUUCUCUAACGUACCCAUUAACAACACUAAACAGCUGACUUUUGCUAUUUAUUUAAAAUGAUAAAAAGUGGCACCUCUGUUACCCGAAAUGUCAAAAUCUACGAAAAGCACAAAAGGGAAUAGGAAAAAAACGCAAUUUACCACAGAUUCUUCUUAAAAAUGAUGGCCUCGACUAGCCAAGCAGCCAACAAGCGGAGCCGCGCUUCAAUGGAGCAGUUGAGUGGUAUGCUGGACUUCUUUUUGGAAAACCCGGGACUAGCCGGUGGGAAGUUUCAUCGGCUACACGGGAAGAUGGAGCACGAGAAGAAGUGGGAGGAGAUGGCUUCCAAGCUAAAUGCCAUCGGAGGUGCUCAAAAGUCCGCCGAACAGUGGCGCACAGUAUGGCGCGAUUUGAAGAGCAGAACCAGUGUUCGAGUGCGCGAUAGGAAAAGGCAGCAGGCGUUAACCGGCAACAAGCCCGUUAAGCAAGCUCCUUUAACAGAGCUAGAGGAGCGGGUUGUGGCCAUCAUCGGGAGCAAUUAUAUUGAGGGCCAUGAAUCUGUGGCAGAAAAUGUACCAAUGAACUUGGAGCUCCAGUUGGCCAUGGAAGAAGGUGAGGAGAUUGUUUUUCUGGAUGAGGUGGUGGAGUGCGAAGGUUUGAUAGAGGAGGAGACGCGACCGGAAACUCCAAAAACUCCUACACUCAGAACCCCGCGCAGAGGAUUGAAGAGAAAGAGAGAGGAGGAGCAGAUCGACGUCCAAAAUAAAUUUUUGGAAAUUGCCAAAACGCAAGCCGAUGCAACGAAAAUGCUGUCAGAAAGUUUCGCCAGACUGGUGGACCUACCAUUCCAGCUGGCGGGGGAACUCCGCGGAUACGGAGAGGGGUUGAAAGCCUGUGCUGAUGCCAUAAACAAUUUGGCCAGGGCACUCGGUCCACAAUAAUUUUUUUGAAAAAAAUUAGGUUAAGAAAAACUAAAAGUAGAUUAAGAAUUAGGUUAAGAAAGUGAAUUGGUACCUUUUAAUUUUCUGAAGAAUAUUAUUAUAUUCAAAUACACUGGUGGCCUCAUAAUUAGAAAUCCGAGUUCACAAGUUUUUUUUAUUUUUUUUCUUUUUUGUUUUAAUUUAUUUUAAGAAAAAACCAUAGAGAAAAGUUGUAGACUUGUACUUGAUUUAUAAAAAUUCGAAAAAUUUCAGAAAGUCAAUAUUUCAAACUUUUUAAUCAGAAUUUCUGGAAAAAAUUCGUCUGUUUUAUAACCUAUUAAAUUUUUAUAUAAAUUGUGUAACUUUUAAGUAACUCAAAAAUCUCAUUGGUUUUUUGAGAUUUUUUUUCGCUGACGUUGUGCGUUUUCUACUAUAUAGAAGAAUGUUCGAACAGUACUUCGUAUGGAAGAAAAUGCACAACAACGUCAGCGAAAAAAAAAUCUCAAAAAUCAAUGAGAUUUUUGAGUUACUUAAAAGUUACACAAUUUAUAUCAAAAUUUAAUAGGUUAUAAAACAGACGAAUUUUUUCCAGAAAUUCUGAUUAAAAAGUUUGAAAUAUUGACUUUCUGAAAUUUUUCGAAUUUUUAUAAAUCAUGUACAAGUUAACAACUUUGCUUUAUGGUUUUUUCCUAAAAUAAAUUAAAACAAAUAAAGAAAAAAAUAAAAAAAACUUGUGAACUCGGAUUUCUAAGUAUCAGGCCAACAGCGUAGUUAUUUUUUUAAGACUGAAUUGAUCUCUUUUGUAUUUAUUUAAUUUUUCUCUUUAUUUUUUAAGUUAAUGUUUUUAAAUUAAAUAUUUUUAUUUAACACUACAUACAAAAUUCUGUGAAUAAAGUACCUGAAUGUGCAUUUAAUUUUAAA